GCGGCAGAUCGUGCUUCAUUUGGUUGUGUUGUGCGUGUGUGUUUAAAUGUGUGUGUUUGUGUAUGGGUAUAUUAUUUACUGAAUGCCCUCUACGGCUACAGCUACAGCAGCAGCAGCAAAAUGCUCAAGUGUCAACUGCAUGGAUAGCUUUGCUAAGAAAAAAAAAACAAACGGCAACCACGGUUAACGGUAAAAUUUCGUCUGGCCAUUGUUGUUGUUGCCGCUGGCAAUGCGGCAAAUUUGCCGCCUGCUUAGAACAUAUCAUAACGGAUUAGCUAUAUAUGACUGAAAGUGAGCAAAAACACUAAAACUGAACGAAGCAAACAAUAAGAAAAAUAAGUUUAUAACAUUCCCUGCACUAAUUGGAUUUACAUCAAGCGACUGCGAGCAGAGCGAUAGUAUAUCAUAAAAUUGCAUUGCUGAUUGAUCAAUUCAUGUGCUACGCUCAUAUGACAUCUAAUCACAAGGAAACAAACACUUCCAUAUAGUGUAGACAAGAGCAAUUUAUAUUCAGUGCUAAAAAUGCGACAGCAAUCAAUGAACGCUGGGCGCUAUAAUGAAGCAUAUCAGCGAGCAAAUAAUAUUGGGUAUAACAAAACCAAUCGCAAUAAUAACAAUACAUAUAACAACGGGCAUAACAAUGAGCAUCACUUAAGCAAAUAGAAAAUCAACGCGCAAAAUCAAUACAAAAUCAAUACAAAUAGCUGUGAAAUUUGCUGUCAAUAUUUGCUAGCAGCGGAGUCAUAAGCGUGUCGAGAAAACAAACGCGUUAGAAAGGACAAACAAAGGGACAGGAUAAACCAAAUUCAUUUCAAAUGGGUGGUAAAAACGGAGCCAAUACCAGUGGCGGUGCUGGCUUAGGUGGUGGCGGUGGCAGUCUCAAUUCUAGCAUCUGCAACUCGGUGAUGACGAAUGCAACCACAGCCAGCAACAGUCUCAGCCAGCAGCAGCAGCAGCUUCAGGCCAAGUAUAUCAAGUCGAAACGCCAUCAGAGUCGUUAUACCAAUUUACAGCAUUCUGGUCACGAUUCCAGCAGCUAUCUGCAUCUUAAUUCGCUCUGGUCGAUAUGGUACGGCGUACUGCUAACACUUUUCCAAGGCUACUUGGCUAUGCACGGCGCCUACAGGUUCCUCGGCUGUUCAUUGAUACCCUGGAAAAUUGAGCCCGUUGCUGAACUUAAUCUACAGAUUGUACUCUCUGGAGUAGUAUUCAUUCUGCUGCCUGUAUUCUUUACAUCGGCGGUAUUUAAGGUUGGCAACUUGGCAAACGAUGGCAUCAAAUUGGCAACUGGAGCCAGAGAACGACGCUGCACCCUGGCACCGCACGACGGCCUGGAGGAGGAGGCACGCGGCGGCACUUUGCGCGCCCUUUGGACACAUGGAGGGCCCACCGCUGCUUUUGUGCAUAUCCUUAUUGCGCUGUGUUUGCUGCUACCGCGACUUCUGCUGGAGGCGCGCAUCAUCGAGAAUGGACUAUUGCCGAAAGAGCAAGUUUGGGCAACGGAAUUGGACUUUGUUGUUAUCAAUAGACGCAAUUUGAUGGCCAUGUCUGUGGUUGGGCCUUUGCCGCCCUACCAAAAGCAGCAACCAAGGGGUGAGCACCAGAGGGAGCGCCCAUCGAAUGUAACCGUAAACAGUUUGGAGCAUAUUGAUGAGGAGGAGGACUACUACAACGAUACGAUGUUCAGAGCAAUACGAGAAGGCAUCAGCAGCAGCAACAUCAAUAAUAAUUUGUUUGAGCUGACACGUGAUAAGGACGGCAGCCAUGGAAGAAAGGCGGCGAAGUCGAUGGCACCAACAACAACAACAGCAAUAGCAACGAAAAUAACAACAAUGCAAGCAACUGCUACGGGCAAGACAAGAUACUUUGAAGUGCCCGAUUUAAUUAAUCGAGAUAUUGACGACGAGCAUGAGCAUGGGGAGGAGGAAGAUGAGGAUGAGGACGAGGACGAGGAACAGGAACAGGACGGGACGGAACGACAGAAGCUUGACGAUGAUUUAGAUGAUGUUGAUAAUGAUGAAGUUGCUGUUGCUGGCAGAGAUGAGGGCACUAUUAUAAUGCCCGACUUUGAGAGCAGCAAUGAGUUUGGAUCAAAAGCGACAGCAGCAGCAACAAACAACGACAACAAUUUCUCAACAACAACAGCAGCAGCAACAACAACUGUCAGCACAACCAUAGCUCCAAUUUCUAGCAAACAGUCGCCACAACAACAACACCAUCACAGCAACAACAACAACAACAAGAACAAUCGUAAGCACCACAAGCAUCACCACAAGCAACGACAACAGCAACAACAACAACCGCCUCGUCGUCAUCAUGUUGCCUCCCAUGAACAAGCGCUGCUGGAGAAUUAUGGCGUCGAGGAGGAGACCACAACCCGAGAUAGCAGCAUACAUCGUGUACGCACCGAAAUCCUUCCCGAUAUUAUAAUACCAUCGACGCCGGUCUCAAGCAAUUCCAAAAUCAUUGCCAUCAAGCCGAAGACACAAAAGCGGCGCAUUUUUAAGCGAGCUGCUCCAAAAUCGGGUGUAGAAAUCGAACCGGAGUAUUUGCUAGGCGAUGCGGCCAUCAGUUCCAGUGAGUUUAUAGCCAAGUCUAGUAGCGAGCAACAGCAUUCCGAGGAUCAGGAUCUCGAUAUUGAUCUGGAGGAUACGGAAUUUCAAGCCUUACCGGCUGUCACACCGGCAACACCUGCCCCCAGCAGCAGUUCAAGCAGCAGCAGCAGCAGCAACAGCAACGAGUUUGUGCGCCUCGAUGGUUUUGCGGGCAUGUUGCAGUUGUUCUUUGGCAUCGAUAAGCCCAUCGAUGUGGCCAUCUUUGCCCAGCCGCCGAGCUCGGAGUUUGUGAAUCUGAUGUGUGCUCUGCUCGUUUGGUCUGUGCGUUAUCCGGCUGUGUUCUGGAACACAUCCAAGUCCUUUGCGUGCGUCUUUAGCCUGCAAAUGAUUGUCGCCGCCUUGGAUAUUAUAUUGGGCUAUGUGGGCGUCUCCAAUCUCUACAAGCUGCAAAUCUAUGCGGAGGCCAUGCCCGUGCAUCAGCCGGGACUCAUUUUGAAUGCGACUGUGACUUUGGCACUCUAUUUGCUUGCCACGGCUCUGGUUUUGGCCUCCUCGAUGGUUAUGUAUUUGUAUGGGCAUGGUCGAUUGGCCACACGCAUGAGAGAUCGCUCUGUUAUCACACUCAAGGCUAGUCAGACUUGGAUCUACUUUGCCCAUUGCGCAUCCCUGUGCUUUGUCCUGGCUCUGGCUGUAGUCAAGGCGCCGCUGUUAAAUGAUCUCAGCGCCACAUACAAGAACAAUUUGCAUUGUCCAACAUUUUUAGCUGCACUUGUCGGCGUCACGCAUCUGCUGCUGUGGAUUGUCGUCUGGCUGUGUUUGACUAUCAAGAGACGUUGGCAUUUCAAGCUGCCACCGCUGGAUCACACUUAUGGCGGUCUGCUGAACAAGGCCAGCGCCCAGCCGCUGCUCAUGUCCAGUGGCGGUCAGCGGACGGGCAGCAAUUCGAGCAGUGGUGCAAACUCAACGAGCACCACUGUUAAUGGCAUGGACUCCACGAAGCCGGAUAUGAUGAGUACCGCAACGAGCACGGAAUUGGGUGGCAUGGGUCUGGUUGCACAGGAGGAUAUCUAUUGGCCAAAAUUGACGCCCAGUUCGCCCAAGCUGAAGGUCACCUUCAACGAAGUUACGAGUACGUCAGAUGAUGUCCUACUAAUUGGUGACCAAGAACAAACUGAUGGCAAGCGCCAUACGAGCCGUGGAACCUCGCUAUGUUUUGCCAGUUCUGCGGGGGAAAUUGACGACGGCGAGUACGCGACAUUAAGGGCGGCAACCGCCGGCGCCGUUGUGGGCAUCACCAUGGGCAGCAUAAAGAGCAGCAUUACUAUUAACGCUGGCGGUGGAGGCGUCGGCAACAGCAGCAUUAUAAGCGGCGGCCUGUUACAUCUCAGCGAAUACGAUGAGUUGCCACCACCGCCAUCAGUUAAUCACCAGCAACAGCAACAGCAACAACAGCAACACCAACACCAACCACUUGCCCUUGGCCAUGCCCAUGAUUAUGCGAACCUUAGCGGGCUGGGCGGUAUCAGUGACGACAACAUUUCCGAGGAGGGCAAAUUGUUGGCAUGUGUGCGCGACGAUAGCAUUACGUAUGCAUCCACAAGAGAUUUGGAGCCACCAAAGCCGGCAACACCGCCGCCACCGCCACCACCGUUACCCGUUAAAGGUGCGUCCGUGCCACAACAGCCUGGCUAUGGACGAGCGCCCCAAGCCAUGCCGGAGAUAAUGCAAAUUUCACCCGAACAUCACAAGUCACAGCCACUACAACAGCAACAGCAGCAGCAGCAACAACAACAGCAGCAGCAGGCUCCUCAUCAUCCACUACAGCAGCAUUCACAAUCGCAUCCGCAUCCGCACCCGCUUCAGCAUCAUCUAGUCAGCCCACUGGCUCCGGUCACGGUCGCCGUGCACACCAACGAAGCACAUAUCGCCUCCAGCUCCACACCCCGCUGCCUGCGUCGCGCCGAUUCGGGCGUACCAAAUGAGGCACUAACGCCACGCAGCGAUACCAAUUCAAUAACGGAGAGCAGCAAUACCACAUCACCGCCGGAGCGCGCCCCCUCCGAAUCGUCCAGUGGUGUACACUCGGGCGAAGAGCGUGAACUGGAGGUCAUAAUACGUCCGCGUGUUAGCUGCAAGGCACCGCCACGUCCACCACAGCCCCCGAUACAGGAGGAGCCUUAUGGCCGUUGCACCAACAUGCGCAUGUCCAGUUUCAAUGCGGAUCCGGCUGCCAUCAAUAGCGCCACAUUGCCGCUUCAGCGAAGCGCACCCGACCAGAAGUUCGAUUAUACAGCACAUUGCAGCACCAUGCCGCUGCCGGUGGGCUGUCACAGCCAGCAGCUCGCCAGCCAUUGCAACAGCAACAGCAGCAACAACAACAAUGGUGGCUAUGCAUCGACAUCGGCCAUGUCUAGUUCGAUGGGACCACCGCCGCCGUCGCAGGUGUCCAGCUUUAGGGCGCCCAGCAUGCAUUAUGCAAAUGCUGCAGUUGCCCUUGGUUCGGGUCCCCAUGCUCCGCACACAACUCUGCCCAAUGGCGUACGCUACUCCAAUCCGCACUUUUUGCGCCGUCUGCCUCAUGUGAGCAAGGCUGCCGAAUCGCCCUACGGACAUCUUGGCUAUGGUGCCGCAUAUCACGCCUUCAGCAAGCUGCCGCAUGAGACGCAUCCGACCAUACCCGAGGAUCGGGAUUCAGCCAACUAUUCCAUGGCCUCCGACCAGGACUGUGGACUGUACGUAACGGCGCAGCUGCACUAAGCUCUACUAGCGCUUUAGUCUCAUAUACAUAAUAUUGCAUAAUAGCUUGCUUAAUUAAGUAUCCAUGUACUUUAUCCCUAAGUGUAUAGAUGAAGCCUCAAAUCUUAAAUCUUCCACACUCACUUCGCAAGUUCACAUGGCAACGUCAGCGAUUACUUCAAAUCUGCCAAAUUUUCAAUUCUCCACAACUUGGAAUCUAUUUAAUUAUCCAUCGCUUUUAUGUACUUUUAAAUUGUGAUUUUUUUGUUAAAAUAUUCUAUGAAAUUGGUCCAAAAAAAAUCAUAUAUUUUUGGCUAUAGAAUACAGGAAUUGAAGUGGUUAGUAAAAAAAAGUAAAAUUUCUGAAUUUUCGAUGUUUUUUUUUAUCAUUUGGUUCCAUUGCUGGAUGAGUUCUACUUGCAAUCUGAUCUGGCAUUGUUUGUGUAAUCUCUGAUGAUGUCUAAUUAUGUAUCAACAGAAGUAAAUCUCUAAGUUCUCCCAUUUUUUGAUAUGAUUUGCUUAAAAUAAUGAACAAAAACCGUGUUUGCACAAAACCAACGCAGAAUAAGUAACUGAAGCCUCUCACAUAAGGUUACAAGCGAUAUCUAUGCAUGCAUACUAUUUAUAUAUACAAGUCUAUAUUUAUACACAAUACUCGGUAUGCUCGUCUACAAUGUGUAAGAUAAUAAACGAUAAUAGUUCUUAUCAUAUCACUUAUGGUAAAAUAUAUAAUGUCUAAAUCUAAGCA